AUGGAAUCAUCCCUGCCUGAACAGAUAUUCCUCGAUAUUCCCAUCGCAGACGUCAUCAACAAAACGACUAAAAGACAACUAGUCGAGCCAUGGGCAUCUCGGUACUGCACAGCCAUCGCUGAAAAGCGCUAUGGUGAUGCGAUUUGGGCGCGAUACCAUAUAGAUGGACGCGCUAAAGAUGGUAUCUACACCAAUCUGCGGGAUAAUGGUGAUGGGCCAUUUGAAUUACACGAAACUAGUGUUUACGAUGUGAUUAUGGAAGAUGCCCGAGAACUUGCGCAAAGUGAUCCGGAGCUUUAUAGCGAGACACUUCGAUUCUAUCGCGAUUCUAGUCCAAGUGACGGUCGACGGGAUAUCAUUGAUGGACUCUUCAGGAUAGGAUCGGCUUGCCUAGCUAGUGGGUGA